CGACAUCCCCUCGCUUGGUUCCCACCCAAAAGAAAAACCAUUCAAUAAUAACCUAACCAAAACUCUCUCUCUCUCUCUUCCUCUCCUUCAUUUCUCUUUCUUGGGUUUUCUUCUUCAUUCUCCUUCGUCUUUUCAAGUUUUUUGUUUUUGUAAAACCAAACAAUCAGACAAAGAAACAAACAUGGAUGCUUUAGACACAGCGGCUUGUUUCAUGGACGACUUGCUCGACUUCUCCUCUGACAUAGGCGAGGAAGAGGACGAUGACCACAUCAUGAUGAAGACCAACAAAAGACCUAGAAAAGCUUUGUCUACCCUUAACCAUAACGCCACCACCACCUUCGACGUUUUCGACCCACUUCAUCCUAGCCCUUCACCGUUCCCUGAAUUUGCAGAGGAAGAUCUGGAAUGGCUAACGAACAAAGACGCGUUCCCGGCGGUUGAAACAUUGGGAGACAUUCUUUCAAAUCCCAUUUCGAAUGCGAAGCAUCAAAGCCCGGUUUCGGUUCUUGAAAACAGCAACAGUAGCCACAGUACCACCACCAGUACGAGCACGAACGGCAGCACGGUGACCAACAACAAUAAUGGAAAUAUCAUAAUGAACUGCUGCGGGAACAUCCGCGUGCCGGUGCGUGCACGGAGCAAGCGGCGCCGCACGCGGCGGAGGGACCUGCAAAACCAGGAAUCGUGGUGGGUGGUUCAUGAAAACGUGAAAACUGUGAAACCGGUUGCGGUUGUUUCGAAAGUGAGUAUUGGGAGGAAAUGUCAGCAUUGUGGGGCUGAAAAGACCCCGCAAUGGAGGGCCGGCCCAAUGGGCCCCAAAACGCUGUGUAACGCUUGUGGGGUGAGGUAUAAGUCCGGUAGGCUGGUGCCGGAGUACCGGCCGGCUAGUAGCCCCACGUUUUCGAGUGAAAUGCAUUCGAAUUCCCACCGGAAGGUGAUGGAAAUGAGGAGGCAGAAGUUGAUGGGUAUGGAGAUUGGGAUUGCUGGUAUGGGGAUGGUUAAGCCUGUGGAUAAAGGGUAGGAUAGAAUUUUUUUUUUUUUUUUUUGGUUUUUUUUUUUUUAAUUUGUAGUUCAGCAUAAUUAGUGAUUAGGGUCAUGGAGUAAUGGUUAUUCUAUUAGGUGGGAUUUAGUUACAGUUCUUUUGUUUCGACGAAAAUCAAUCAAAAGAAUUUUGUUUGCAGUGUGUUUGAUUGUUGGGGUUAGUUUUAAUGUGUUUUUUUUAGAAGAGAAGGAAGAUAGUGGUUAUUCGUUUAGUCCAAUAUGAAUGAAUUCUGUUGAUUAUGAGGAAGAUCGAGG